UAUCAAAACUUUGUAUUAUUGGCCAACUUUGCUCUUUUAUCAAUGGAGGGCUUCCCUUCCUCCUCAAAUAUAAAACCUCAAUGCUUCUGUAUAUCAUACUCAUAACCCCUCCAGAAAUACCCCCUUUUCGCCCACUUUACUGGGGUGAUUUUUGAGGACGCAUACACAAAGAGUAUAUAUGUAUAUAAGAAUUUACAUUAAAGGAAAUGGAGAGCGUUUUGGAGUCCCAGAUGAACUCUAAUGGGUCGGAAGAAGUAUAUCUCAUGGAUAUGGGAUCUGGGAAUUUCGGGUGCUCACAUUACAGAAGAAGGUGCAAGAUCAGAGCGCCUUGUUGUGACGAGAUAUUUAGCUGCAGACAUUGCCACAACGAAACUAAGAAUUCAUUGGAAGUCGAUCCUCUCAGUCGGCAUGACAUUCCUCGCCAUGAAUUAAAAAGGGUCAUCUGCUCAUUGUGUAACACAGAACAAGAUGUACAACAGAAAUGCUUUCAUUGUGGGGUUUUCAUGGGGAAGUACUAUUGUUCAAAAUGCAAAUUCUUUGAUGACGAUGUUUCGAAGAAUCAAUAUCACUGUGAUAAAUGUGGAAUCUGCAGAACUGGAGGUAAAGAAAACUUCUUUCAUUGUAAUAAAUGCGGAUGUUGCUAUUCAACGUUGUUGAAAGAUUCUCAUGUUUGUGUGGAAAGAGCAAUGCACCAUAACUGUGCUGUUUGUUUUGAGUAUCUUUUCGAUACAACAAAAGACAUUACGGUCUUGCCUUGUGGGCACACUAUACAUUUGGAAUGUGUUAAGCAGAUGGAACAACAUUUCCAGUAUGCAUGCCCCGUUUGCUCAAAGUCAUACUGUGAUAUGUCCCGUGUGUGGCAAAGACUUGAUCAGGAGGUUGCUUCGACACCCAUGCCUCAAAUAUAUGAAAACAAGAUGGUUUGGGUUCUUUGCAAUGACUGUGGAGAAACAUCUGAAGUAAAUUUUCACAUUGUCGCGCACAAGUGCCCAAAAUGCAACUCCUAUAAUACCAGGCAGACACGAGGUGGCUCUUCCUCAUGCUCAUCAAGCAUUGAGGAGAUGGUGAGAUGACUGGCUUCUCAACUAUGACCUUGGAAAAAGAUUUUUACUUCAUGGUAAGUGCUUUUGAUAAGCACUACAAUGCAGCAAAUUUUAUUUUUUCUGCGUCUUGAAAAUGGCAUGGAGAUCCAUUUCUUCAUUAAUUUCACUUCUUAUUUGUGCUCAUCUGUAUCACUAGUAGAUAUAGUUAGUCCAUUAUCGUCGGAAGGACACACUGUCCAUUGAUUGUACCCAUGCUAGAUGUUUCCCACAAAGGGUGUAAGUUCGUAGCAUAAGUAAUUAUGUAAACCUCCAAGAUCUUUGAACUUUAGCAUUUAGGAAACAAUGUUAUGGCUAAAGCUGAAUGUGAUCUUAUUUUUCAAGUUUCUUAAAUUAGUAAUGAAAGUUGUUAUUAACUUUGUUCC